UUAACAGGUUCCCUGUCCAAGUUUUAGAGUGGAAGUCCCUCACACGUCCAGUUGUGUUUUUGUAAAAAAACAGUGUUUUAGGGGUUUAGGUAUAUACCUAUUUGUUUCAAAAUAUUAUAGACAUAUCAGAAAAGUAUUUUUUUCAAGCAUACCACAUAUGGUCUGUGGACUCUCUAGAACGAAAUUGACUAAAAAUUUUCUGAUGAGUCCACAGACCAUAUGCGGUCUGUGCAUAUUGUCAGUGUCAAAUUAGAAGUGACAGUGACAAAUCAUCAUUUGAUAUAAUUAUUUGAUUAUAUUAUGUGAAGUUAGCUACCUAAGUGACCAAUGAGAGUAUUGUUUAUACUGUUUCCUGCCGGUUGUUGAAGAAAACAAAAAAAAAAACGAAAGUUUUUGUUAUUUUGUGUUUACUGCUUUUGAAUUUCGAGUUUUUGCGGGAAAAUGAGUAAAAAACAAGGGUAUACGGACGAAGAAUUGAGAAGAAUAUUAGAAGAAAGUGACUACGAACAAAAUGAUCAGUCAAAUUCAUCGGAUGAACAAGAAAAUGAAGCCGAAGAGAAUAGUGAUGUACCUGAUUUUGACAAUGACGAUAGUGUGGCAGAUCCCGAUUUUUUCCCUAGUGAUUUAUCAUCAGAGUGUCUAGAUAUAAGUCAGCUUGCUAAUUCACACAUUCUCCAUCCCAAUCAAACACAUUCUCCAUCCCAAUCAAUGCCGACUGAACAACUUUUUGAUAGCGAUAUUUUUGAAGGUACGGCGACAUCGCAUCCAUCCACGUCUCGCAAUUUUUUUGACGACAACUCUAAUGACCCUUCUCAUCAAUUUCAAACCACCGUACCACCUAGUUCCGAUUCUGACGACGACAGUGACACUGAAAGAAAUACAGGCCCAAGAACUGGCAUAAGACCAACUACAGAGCGUGGCAUGAAAGAACAUGAUGAGCAAGAAGGAUGGAGUUAUGAGAUUCACCCAUUAGAUCGGCAAAUUUUUAGUAGCGCAGGAGACUUGAUACAUAUUGAAAACAUUCCAGAAACUGCAGAUGUGUUUACAAUAUUUUCUAUUCUAGUUGAUGACAAUGUUUUUGACUUGAUGAUAGAACAGACCAAUAUAUACGCUGAACAACUUAUCACUACUAAUUCUGGUGGUCGUUUGCGUCGUUGGAAACCAGUAAACAGGGAAGAAAUGAAAAAGUUUUUGGGUAUUUACUUGCUGACUGGUAUAAUCAAAUUCCCUACAUUAGAAUGCUACUGGAAAAAGGACCCUAUUUUUUAUCAUCCGCUAAUGCACAAUAUAAAAAUGUCCUACAAUCGUUUUACUGCAAUAUUGCGUUGCUGGCACUUUGUUGACAAUACAGCUGAAAGAGAUGUCAAUGAUCGUUUGUAUAAAGUCAAACCAGUUAUAGACAUUGUGAUGAGAAACUGUAGAAAACUUCUUUCGCCAAAAGACUGCAUUGUUGUGGAUGAGUCAAUGGUUCCCUUCCAAGGCCGACUCCUUAUUCGUCAGUAUAAUCCAAAUAAAACUCACAAGUACGGACUCAAGAUUUACAAGGCUACAACUGAUGAUGGAUAUGUUUGGAAAUAUAAAGUUUAUACCGGCCAGGAUCCUCAAAUUGCGAAUCUCGAUAAACCUGGAAGCGUUGUUGUUGAGCUUUGCGAAGAGCUUUUAGACCAGGGGAGAAUGAUUAUAGCAGAUAAUUGGUACACCAGUUUACCAUUAGCUCAAUACUUGCUACAACGCAAAACUGACCUUUGUGGGACUUUGAGAAAAAAUCGCAAAAACCUACCUUUAUUGGUGAAAAACAAGAAACUGAAGAGGGGAGAGCUAAUUGCUGCACAAAAAAAUAAUGUAACGAUUCUAACGGGUGAUUCAUUUAGAGACGAACAAACGAUGUGUACAGGCCGAAACCAGCGUCUGAAGCCCAAUAUGAUACUGGAAUACAAUGAUCGAAAGAAAGGUAUCGAUCUUUCUGACGAGUUGGCAAGCUACUAUUCGCCAAUUCGCAAGACCCUGACUUGUAAGGAAGCGCGGCGGAGACUUCUGGCGACCGACGUGAACUGUCCCCGAGCCAUGACGUUGUGGAGAGUGUCUGUUGCGGUGGCGGCGCUGCUGUGCGCGGCGAAAGCGGGCCGCGACCGCUUCCAUCCCGAGCCGAGCGUCGAGACCGGCGCGCGCGCAGCCUCGCCGGACGAGGCGCACGAGUGGUACUGCGCAGUGUGGAACGACAUCCGACCUGAACUGACGACCUUAAGAAGAUAG